AUGAGUGACCUUGAAAUAUCCAAAGAGGGCCAUGAUACACCUGAGAACACUAAAAAUAAGACUGGAAUGAUCUAUAUCUCUAGAAUUCCUCCUGGAAUGACUCCUUCCAAAGUUAGGGCUAUUAUGGCUCAGCAUGGUGAAUUGGGUAGAAUUUACCUGGCACCUGCAGCCAAUUCACACCCAAAGAACCCGCGCUUUAAAGAAGGCUGGGUUGAGUUUAAGAAGCGUAGAGUAGCCAGAAAGGUUGCACAGCUACUCAACGCCCAGCCAAUUGGUGGCAAGAAAGGUGAUCGUUAUAGGGAUGAUAUCUGGACGAUGAAAUUUUUAGGUGGUUUCAAAUGGGAGAUGUUGAGUGAGCAUAUUGCCAUCGAACAGGCCUCUCAUUCGGCUAAACUGCGCAAUGAAUUGUCUCAAUCGAAGCGCGAGCAGGAGGAUUAUCUGAAGCGCGUCGACCGCGCAAAGAAGCAGUCAGCCAUCGAUGAACGUCGCUCUGCUAAAAAUCUUCCUCCGAAGACUUCCGACAAGCACUACGAAUUCAAACAGCGCCAAGUUGUGUCGCGUCACCCCUCCGAGCAAGCAUCACAAGAAUCAAAUGCUAAUGUUAAUGCAAAGCGGAAGCGCGCGGGAUAUGAUCCCGCAGUGGAACAGCAUAAGGCUAAAAAGUUAGAAACCGUACUAGGCAAUUUAUUUUAA